CAAGCGGUGCACGCCAUGUCGGGCGGGCCCCCCAAGGCCCUGCCGUCCACGGGGCCCCACUCCCUGCGCGACAUGCCGCACCCGCUGGCCGGCUCCAGCAGCGAGGAGGCAGUGGGCGGCGACAGCACGCCCAGCCCGGACCUGCUGAUGACUCGCAGCUUUGGCGACAAGGAUCUCAUUUUGCCCAAUGGUGGUACUCCAGCAGGUACUUCAAGUCCAGCUUCUUCAUCUUCCCUUCUUAACAGACUUCAACUUGAUGAUGAUAUUGAUGGUGAGACCAGAGAUCUCUUUGUCACGGUUGAUGAUCCCAAGAAGCAUGUGUGUACAAUGGAGACCUACAUCACAUAUAGGAUUACCACGAAAAGUAGUCGGGUGGAGUUUGACCUGCCAGAAUAUUCUGUUCGUCGAAGAUACCAGGAUUUUGACUGGUUGAGGAACAAACUGGAAGAAUCCCAGCCCACUCAUCUCAUUCCCCCACUUCCUGAGAAAUUUGUAGUGAAAGGUGUGGUGGAUCGUUUUUCAGAAGAGUUUGUGGAGACCAGAAGAAAAGCUUUGGAUAAAUUCCUAAAAAGAAUCACGGAUCAUCCUGUGCUCUCCUUCAAUGAACACUUUAAUGUUUUCCUCACGGCUAAGGACCUGAAUGCCUACAAGAAGCAAGGAAUGGCGCUGCUGACCAGAGUGGGCGAGUCAGUAAAGCAUGUCACUGGAGGCUACAAGCUGAGGAGUCGGCCUCUUGAGUUUGCAGCCAUAGGCGAGUACUUAGAUACGUUUGCGCUCAAAUUAGGAACCAUCGAUCGAAUAGCCCAGCGAAUCAUCAAAGAAGAAAUAGAGUACCUCGUGGAGCUGAGAGAAUAUGGGCCUGUGUAUUCCACAUGGAGCACAUUAGAGAGUGAGCUGGCUGAACCCCUGGAGGGUGUGUCGGCCUGUAUUGGAAACUGCUCCACAGCCUUGGAGGAGCUGACUGAUGACAUGACAGAAGACUUUCUGCCUGUGCUCAGGGAAUAUAUUUUAUACUCUGACUCCAUGAAGAGUGUAUUGAAGAAGAGAGAUCAAGUGCAAGCAGAAUACGAAGCCAAACUGGAAGCUGUGGCUCUGAGGAAGGAAGACCACCCCAAGGUGCCAGCAGACGUUGAGAAAUGUCAGGAUCGGAUGGAGUGUUUCAAUGCUGACCUGAAAGCUGACAUGGAGAGGUGGCAGAACAACAAGAGGCAGGACUUCCGCCAGCUGCUCAUGGGAAUGGCUGACAAGAACAUCCAAUAUUAUGAAAAGUGCCUCACUGCGUGGGAGUCGAUUAUUCCACUUCUGCAGGAGAAACAAGAGGCUAAAUAAGUUCCUUCUUGGGACAGAGACUCUUCUGUCUACGCAGGGCCUGGCUGCCCGUACCGGAACACCCCUACAGUGCCAGAGAGGUGGCAUUGGGAAAACAACCACAGAAAUCUCUCUCCUGUGUGCAUUUCAUCCCUUUUCCGCCCUUGUCCCACAGCUGUUUUUAAUUAGUAUUUAUUCCUUACUGAAGUCUCUGAGGCUACAGUCAUCUCAGCAAAAGCAGCAUACCUCCAUGUUAUGAAGGAACCUAUUAAAUGGAACACUAAGAAGAUUUGAAACUGAGGGACAGGACAACCCUCAGCUGACAUUCUGACAUCUCAUUACAGUUUUCUUUUGGGACAGCUGAGUUGCCAUUGUAGGAGAAGAUCCAGAUCCUGUUUUUCAAGGACGUGAGGGAAGCAUGAAUACAGGGCAAGCUGUUGCUUCCCAGGGGUACACGAUGGCUCUGGAAUUGGCCUCAGUGGGCACUGACUUGUCUCAGCCUAGAAGGAGGUAUUGGCACCUCCAUGGAAAGUCCUUAUUGUACAGUGGCCUGUCGCCGUGAGUGUGGCCUGCUACCUGCUUAUGAUGGGUGGCACUUGUUUAUUGUUUCCGGUUCAUGACUUAAAUCAGCCCAGUGUCUGUAUGUGUCCACGCUUGAGCAAGCAAACCAGCAUCCUUAUCCUUAUGUGACACAUCGGAUAGCUUAGGGGACAGCUCCCUGAACUUGUUUCUGACACUAGAAUGCAGUAGAUCGGAAACUGUCUUUAUGUAAAAUGGAAAAAAAAAAGGUGCAUCUUUUUCUGUGAAGUCCUUAAAUGUUUUGCUUGUUAAAUGUCAUCAGAGCAGGGUUUAGACCUGUUAGGGGGUGUCUGUUGUCUUGAAGUCAGAGUAGUUCCCCGAUCAUUGAUAUUAGUAGAUAUUCCAAGCCACCACCAGUGUCUACUUUGUGCAGUUUGCCUUUAUCUCACCCAAAAUACCUACUUUAAUAUUUCCCACUAUGUCCACUGAAUGGGCAAGUUUUUGGUGAGAGACUGGGAUGUUGUAUUGUUAUGACACAGUCUAAAUUGUAAACUAAAUGUGAAUGUUGUUCAUGAAGUGCUUUAACCCUUAAUAUUUCCUAGUCAGGAAGAAAAGUCAGUACCUGGACAAGUCUCUAAGAUGACAUGUAUAACAGGGAACUCUUUGCUUCUAGCUCGGCUAAAAUCUCCUCAAUUUGCAGCCAAAUUCCUGGAGACUCCUGGUUGUGUCUAAAGUUUUCACUUCAAACUAUUACCAGGUUGACUUUUCAAAUCAACAUAAAACAAACAGACAAAAAGGUCCUAUCUUCCAACUCUUUUUUUUUUUUUUUUCUCCUGAAAGGAAGCUCCGUAUGUCAUGUUUGUUCUAUUUCAUCUGUGGCUCAUCCCUAGAAAAAUUAUAAAUCUGAGCCUCAGAUAAACGGUAAUAUUCUUUUUUUCCUAAAUGAAACAGCUGUGCUGAGAUGCUGCUUCAUACACAAGGUGAUGUGCACAUACCGGUCAACACGCAGCGUGUUGAAGUCGCUCGAUUCCCCUUCUGACUGCAGAGUUGACCUUGUAUCAGCCACACUGGGAUGCUGUUGGGGCAGCAGUUGGACGACCCAGAACACUUUGGUUCUGCUUCAUCAUGUUUGAGAAGUCCCAGUUGAAAUGAUAAAUUUCAUAUCUCUUGGUACUUGCCUGUGCUGUUAGACCUCAUUCAUGCCAUCCUAAAAUCCUCUGAUGUGAAUUUGCAGUUUGGCACACUUAGAAAUGAUUCACUGGAACAAUUCAUCUACCCCUAGUGGUGAUUCGGUGUUUCAUUCUACCUCUAAACCCAUCCUGUUGAUGUGGAUAUGGGUGUCCGGGUCAGCCUGACAGUUUGCUGGUAGAAUCAUUGUGCAUGAUCUAUUGAGGAUUGGCAGAAGACACCAGACCGGCCCAGCAGCAAAUGCUCACCUUUGGAGAUGUCUGAAGCUUUGCCUUGUGGAAUGUGUGCUUUAAAAAUGUUGUCCAGUGUAAUGAACACUUAGAAAGAAUUCUGGAAAGACUAAAAACUAGAAUCUGACUACCUUCUAGUUGCCAAAGCCCAGGAACAUUUCUAUGUAAUGGUUACUUGGGAAAGAAGGCAGCCCUUCCAAAAAAAAAAAAAAAUCAUCUAGUUCCUCGCUGGGAGGAGUUGUGGGGGAGGCAGUGGGGUACACAGCCACGCCUCUCUCAUUAUUUGAGGCAGAGAACUGAAGGGACUCAAGCACCUUGGGGUUUUGUCUUCUGUUUGUUUGGGGCCCCGUGUGGUAUUCUUGUGCUUUGAGACAGAGAAGGAGCUGAAACAAGGCAAACCUGUUGUCCCCCAGGUAUGCCAUUGACACCAGAGCUGUGAAAUCUAGAGCAUGUUACUGACUUCCUUGGAGAAAUGGUCUUUCCAGAGAAGGGACACUUGUCCCUUUCUUCAGGCUGGCCUCAGUGAGGUGAGGAGGCUAGCCCUAAAGGAAGGGGACAGUAGACAGGGAAGGAGGCUUUCCAGCUCUUUGCACCCCCACAGCUCUCUUGGGCCCCUGAGGGUCAGCAGUCCUAAGUAUUCGCCUCUUCAUCUUGGUCAGCACAAACAAAUAUGAUUCCUUUUAUGAAGUGUAACGCGGAGACGUCUGUGCCAAAGACUGCCUUGUGGAGUUUUUUUACCCCAUCCUUAGCUCCACAAAGUCGUGGUCCUGAGAUCACCAACUCCUCUCUUAUAUUUAUUUUCCAGGAGUUUUGUGCUUGAGCGCAGACAGACAGACAGGUUUUUGAGACUUGAGGAGAUUGCUGAGGAGUGGAAUAUUGCCACUGGCAACUGCACUGGGUCUGGGAAGUGAAAGGUUUCAUUCACCACAGAUUAAAAAUCCAGGCGAAGGCAGAAGAGGGAAUUUCUGGAAACAGAGCAGGUUUUAAAGAUGCAAGUGAUGUUUAAGAGAGGGAUUUGUAGCAGUUACGAAGGACUCUGCUGUUCCUUGUCAAUGUGGUGGGUCUAUAAGAAGAUUCUAGGUUACUGUGCCCAAAGCAAGGAACCACUGCAUCUAAAUGAGGAGGGAACGUACUACACAGCCAGGUUUGGGGUUGGGUUUAUCCUUUAAUAAGGCAUUAAUAACGAUCCCAGGUAACUUAGGUAAGUGCGAUUAUGGAGGUGAUUGUCUCAGUAUCUCACCAUGCUGCUUGUGGAACUCACCAGGCACCUUUCCUUAGCUGAAAACAAAAAAACAGCAUAACUCUGGGCACCGUGGUGAAUGUAUGACAAGUUUGCUUUCAUGCCAGAUUUCAGCCACACCCAGAGUGUAUUCUAGAUGUUGAACUGAAUGUGUUGCAGCAUUUUCUUAGUUGCCACUCCAGAUGAGGAAAUGACGUGCACACCGGCUGCUCAUUUCCUGUGAGGCUACCUCUUGUGAUCGGACAAUAGGAAGCUUCCUUAGAGGAGGGCAUGAUGGCCAUAUGGCAGUCUGCAAGGGGAGUUUCUAGCCUGGAAAGGUCCUGGCCCAAGGAACACCCAGAGCUUGUGUGACUUGUUCCUGCCAUUGAUGGCAUUGAAAUCACAGGCGCCUGGCUCUGUUCUGAUGCGGAUCAUUGGAUUGCAGAAUAGUCAUUCUCAUGCACUCCGUUCUGAGCUGGUGAGAGAGGAAGGAGGGUGAGGUCAAGAGCAACCUCCUAGGCCUGUGUUGGCCCCAACUGCUUGGGGUUUGGAAUUUUUAGGGUAGUACAAGAGCAUUUUUUUUUUACAAGAGCAUACUUUGGUUAGAUAGGGUUGCUGGCUGCCCUAAAAGGCGCAUCCUCUCAGAAGAUGGGCUGCUUGUAGUCAGGGCAGGGCACAGCACACCAACCCCAGACCCUGCCUUCCCAGACACCUACUUAAGAGCCUGUGGAAACUGCGUAAUAUAAUUAUACGCUGGAGUGAAAUUGUUGUGGCUGUCCUCAUUUACAAAAUUAUGUUGGGAAUUGGAGUUGGCCUCCUUGUUUUCAAAAGUCUUUAAGAUAAUAACAGAUUGGACGUGCCCCCUCACUUACCUUUUCUCUCUUCAGAUGGCAGGUGGCAUUUACCAGUAAAUCUGAGGAAAAUGUCAUUGCCUGGGCCAAAUUUAAGAAUUGAGCCGGAUGUGUUAGAGUUGUUCUCUUUCUUGUGGUUUUUUAAUUCAGUGAGUAAACUAGGAGCCUGAUUUCUUACCAACCCACCCAACAGAUUGUCACCAUUUGUUUUGCUUUUGCUGGUCCUCCCCAGAGUUGCACACAGCGUACAGGGACUGUCUGCAUUAGAACUGGGAAGGGAGUCAUUUGGGGGGUGGGUUGACUGUUCUUUCGUAAUCAUAUGUGUUUGAAACGCACUCUGGGUAAGACUGUCUACCCCUUUCUUAUGUCGUGGGAGAACCUGUAAUCCUGGUAGUCUUACUACAGUAGAUGGUCUGUAAAUAAGUGCUUUGACAGAAGAACUUUAGCAAACCAAUGAGAUAUUUGUCUCAUAUAUAAACAUUCUUGUAUUUACCACUUGAAAAUCAGCAAAUCCAGAAUUGUAAAAAUGCCACAGACUGUUAAAAGUCGAACUCUACUUUUUGAGAAAUUUGUCAACAUCUACUAAUAUGCCUUAUUCUUCAACUAGUAGUUUUUAAAUUCUGGGUAGAGUUUUGGAAAUUUAAUCAGUUGUUCAACUUAAAUACUAUAGAUACAGCCAGUCCUAAGUCCUGUUAAGAAACAAGGUUCAUAACUAGGGCUGCCUUUUUGGAGGACAAAGCUAAGUAUUCCUAUUGCCAAAUGAUAUUUUUUUGAUAAUGUGAGGAAACACAGGGACCACAAAACCUCUUUUUGUUUUAAAGUAUGUAAAGACUAACUUAAUGCCUUUUUGGCACACUUUUAAGUGUAGAGGAUACGGUAUUAGCAACAGCAAAUCAUAUAGAUACAAAGAAAUCUAUAGAUUUACGGAACAACUUUUUAAGACUCAGCUAGGGGAAGGGGGGACACCCAAAGCAGUAUGCUUUGGAUAGGAAUGCUCCCUAGGUGGAAAUGCCAAAAAUAUAAAACAUAUGGACUCAUAUAAUGUAGUCCACUUCGGCAGAGCUUUUCCUACUAAAACCAGUGAUGGAUAUUGCACAUGCGCCUCUCCCAGCAACACCAGCCACCCUGUCACCAGGUGAUCCCUGGCUGUCUGUGGACUAUGUCAGAGCAGGUAAUACCUCUCAGCACCCAUGUUUGACAGGCUUGUUCAUAGUCUCAGACCAGCCCUUCAGUCAGCAAAUGAUACAGAGAGAGAGGGAGGGAAAAAGAAUCUCUUUUCCUCAGUUUGGAAACGGGGAGAGAGGAAAGUAGAUUGCAAACAAAAAUGUGAGUCAGUGCGUAAAGCAAUGCUUGUGUUACCGUCAGCUGGGCCUCCAUCAAGUAACAAACCAGCAUCUCAACCAUCAGCACUGGCCUCGCAAGACACCCUCGAGGUUUUGGCCUCGUCCAUUGUACUUCUGCGUGCCUGUUCCCUCGGUCUCUUGUGAGUGGGGAACGCGUUGAAGGAUGAUGUAGAUCUGAUAAAUUCCCAUGAAGAAAACUGCCAGCAAACUUUCUAACUUGUAUUUUAACUGUCAAAGAAGAGAAAAACUUGUGCUUAGGCCUAAUCCAAAUUAUGGACUGUAUUUCUUAUUUUUUAAAAAAUCAUCCUUUAUGUUUAAAAUUUAAAAAGAAAAAACCUUCCGAGGUAUCUAUAAAGUCCUCCGUGUAAGUGUGUUCUUGCUUAUACAUGCUGCCAUUAAGCCAAAACAAAAGCUGUGAAAACAAAAACGUGCUUGAGAGAGUGUGUGUAGAUGAGAAAGUGAUUAAUUUGCGAAGUCUUUGUUUCAUGAAGGUACCAAACUUUAAAAAAGAAUGUCACCUUUUUCUUUUAUUAUGAAACCCAGAGACUGUAAAAAAAAAAAAAUGUUUUUGUUGAAUUUUUGAUGCUGGCACAAGGUUUUGUCCACUUUUUUUUUUUUCAUGUAUCUGUGUAUUAAAAAAAUCUGUUUACUAUGGGAUUAGUAUUACACUUUGAGGUAAGAAAAAAAAAGGUUUGUAUUGCUUGAUAAACUAUUAGCUUAUAAAUUUUAAAGAGUUUCUUUACCUCAAUUAACUUAAAUGGACCAAUAAACCUAUAAAAGAUGCUUUCUUUA